AGGCAGCCGGGGCCGCGAGAAGAGGGGAAGCGCCCGCGGCCGCUCCCGACGGAAGCCGCUCGCUGUGGCGAAUCUGCCGCGGGCAAUGCGGGGGCCGUGGCGCGGGCCGGAGCCGGCGGGCAGCGCGGCCCCGCAGGGCGCGGGAUCAGGUAAAGACUCUGGGAAGGCUCGGUGACAGAGGAGCCCCAGGGGAACCCCUCCCAGCCGUUAGCCAUGGCUGUACCUAUCGCGGUCCUUGACUGCGACCUCCUGCUCUAUGGCCGCGGACACAGGACUUUGGAUCGCUUCAAGCUGGAGGAUGUCACGGAUGAGUAUCUGGUGUCCAUGUACGGCUUUCCCCGGCAGUUCAUUUACUACCUGGUGGAUCUCCUGGGAGCCAGCCUCUCUCGCCCUACGCAGCGCUCCAGGGCCAUCAGCCCCGAGACGCAGAUACUCGCCGCAUUGGGUUUCUAUACCUCCGGCUCCUUCCAGACUCGCAUGGGGGAUGCCAUUGGCAUCAGUCAGGCCUCCAUGAGCCGCUGCGUUGCCAAUGUAACCGAGGCGUUGGUGGAAAGAGCCUCGCAGUUUAUUCACUUCCCUGAGGAUGAAGCUGCUGUACAGAACCUGAAGGAUGACUUUUAUGGGCUGGCAGGCAUGCCGGGAGUGCUGGGGGUGGUUGACUGCACCCACGUGGCAAUCAAAGCACCGAAUGCUGAGGACCUGUCCUACGUGAACAGAAAAGGUCUCCAUUCUCUGAACUGCCUGAUGGUGUGUGAUGCCAGAGGAGUCCUCCUGAGUGCAGAGACGCACUGGCCAGGCAGCCUGGCUGACUGCACGGUGUUACAACAGGCAGCCCUUACGAGCCAGUUUGAAACUGAGCUGCAUAAAGACGGCUGGCUCCUCGGUGAUAGCUCGUUCUUUCUCCGGACGUGGCUGAUGACCCCUCUGCACAUCCCCGAGACGCCCGCUGAGUAUCGCUACAACAUGGCUCAUUCUGCCACACACAACGUCAUCGAGCGGACGUUCAGAACCAUUCGGUCUCGUUUCCGCUGCCUGGAUGGGUCCAAAGGCACCCUGCAGUACUCUCCAGAGAAAUCCAGCCACAUCAUCCUGGCCUGUUGCGUGCUUCAUAACAUCUCCCUGGAGCACGGGCUGGACGUGUGGUCGUCGCCAGCCACAGGACACAUGGAACAACCUGAAGAAGAGUACGAGCAGAUGGAAUCAAUGGACUCGGAAGCCUGUCGUAUUCGACAGGAGCUGUUGCUUACUCAUUUUAGUUAAUGUUUUUGAGAGAGGGAAGGCUUCUAACGGUUCAUCUGGGAAGAUACACAGAGCAAAUAUGCCUCUUCCUCUUCUGUAAGUCUCUAAAAGACUAAGCAGAUGAUCAGGAGAGAUUUUACUCUUUCCAUUUCAGGUGGUGUUCUGGAUUUCUCUCAGUCUCUCCAGAGAAGCAGUUUAAUUGCUACAUUUUUACUGUACAUUUUACUUAGAGACUCCCUUUUCACCUGACUUAAGGGAACAACCACUAAUGUGAGAUCAGUGGAGAAACUUGGGAAAUGGAUGGUGAAAUAGCUGUAAGCCUUGCCCUGUUUUGCAGAGCAACAAUCCUGUUACACUUUGUAACCCAAACCACUUAUGAUUGAUUGUUAAAUGGUAUUUCACACAAGUUAAACUUCCAGGUGGGUUUGUGUCCACCAUGAGUUUUUGUCUGCAGGUAUAAAGUCUUGCUGAAUACCAGCUUGCAGUUUUGCACAUCUCACAAAGGCCAGCGAUGCCUCUGAAAGCUGAUGGCUGUGUUCUGUGAGGGGUCUGGCUUUUUGCUGGGUACACACUAGUGCUGACAUACACCGAGAAGCUCAAGAAGAGUUGAACAUUUCUUCUUUCCCAAAGAGGUGUUUAAUAGAGAAGAUGUUUAAGCUAUGGUUGGCUCAGCUCUUUAACAGCUACCAGGAAAUGGGCUGGUGAACAUGGGUCUAGUUCUCACUAGAUACAUCUGUCACAACAGAAGACUACUCAUCUCUUUGGCUGCUGUAAAAGACAGGCCAAGGACCAUCUCAGUCACAAAAAUGGAACUGAUUAUGAGAGUUCUCCAUUUAGAUCAGGGCUGAGGCACAGAAAGGCAGCUCUACCAUUGCUGGCAACGUACCUACUGAGUGGAAAAAGAUGACUAGUGCACGCAGUUGUUGCUGGCACGAGAGCAGGAACUUUCCUGGCAAUAGUCCCUCUCCAAAAGAUGCAAGUGUUUCCAAGGAUCUCUUGACAGCGGUCUGAGAAAAUUGUGUUUCUUAUUUUAUCAUUUACUGGACAGUAAAUGAAACAGAAGUGGUAGGAAAUGCAGAACACUGCAGAAAUGUAGCUAAUUAAAGUAGCAGUGUGACCCUCUGGCAAGGCAGGUGGGUCCUUUUAGAGGAAACCAGCCUGGAUCAUGCCCCACAUUUGAAGAACAAGAAACUAUGGGACACAUUCUGAAGUGUUGGAUGGAGAUGUGGCAUUAGCAAUAGUUCUGCCAGGUUUGCAGUGGCAGUAAGCAUUUACUGUCUUAUAAGAAAACCAGGUGUGCUUUAUGGUGUGCAAGCAAGAUGUUUGCAUAAGCUGUGAUGAGAACUAUAGAGCAUGAUGUACAGCAAUAUGAGGUGUAAUUCUACCUUCUUGACACGCCUUCUCAUGUGAUGUCAUGUGAAAAGUGCUCCUCCUCACUGUGGCAAACCCCUUGCUCCUUUUACCUAGGAAGAGGCAUAUAAGCAUUGUUUUCUUUACAAAAAGGCUUUUUUUUAAGGUCAGAGUCACUGCCUGAUGGCUCAUCAUAUCUGACAGUCUAUGCUAACAAUACUGAUCUUUAGACCUCAGCACCAGCAGCCACUGAAUGAGCUGCGUGAGUGACGCUCAAGUCAAGUGAGGCUUAGACACGGUUUGGUACAAACACUGUCAUGUAAUAACAAGCCAGAGUUUCUCAACUUAUGCUAUGAAUAGCUCUCAGCAGGUGCCAAGACCAGAGUGAACUCAAAGUCGAGGUGCUUCCUGGAAUACAUUUGCUGCUGGGUUUUGUCUUGCAUCGGUCACUGUCACCUUUGGUAGAAGUUAAUUGCAAAAAUGAUCCCAUUGCUUAUCAGUUUGGGUGAAAAUUGCAUCAGGUCACACCAGACAAACUCAAUGCACUCCAGUUUACUUGCCCUUUCUCAAGUCAGAUGUCAGUAUCCCCCAGUUUACUUGGGAAAUGGAACCUUCUCAUCCAGAGAACAGUUUUCCCUAAGCAGCUUCCCUCAAAGCAAUUCAUCUAGGCUUUUCUCUUUUCCCUUGGGUUUAGACAUUAUUUAAAUUUGACAGCUGAUAUUCACGUUUCUUUCCUGCUUUCUGGCUCCUCUCUGCUUUCACCUCAUCCUGCCAGCUGCAUUCUUAAAUACUUUUGAGUUUGUGCACUGUCAGAGCUUUGACAAAGAAAGUCUACCCUGACUAUGAAACACUAAUAAUGUUUGAUAAAUCUCCAUCAUAUCUUGGAGAAGACUGUGACUGAUUGUCCAAGGGAUCAGAGUUUUCACUACUUGACUAAAUUCCUUGUGAAACCCAUCAUCAUCAUCAUCUCUUUUCAGUUUUCCCUUAAAAUACUUCCUGGAAGGCUGUCCAGUUAUGCUGCAGGCUGCCUUUUCUCCCUCCAACCCUGCAUAUUCCAACAAACCUCAAGCCCUAAACUUCCCCUGUCUGCAUGUUUUGACUCUUGGCCGAUUUAUUGAUGCAAAGUGCCUUAGCUUGUUUAAAUUUUCCUCUCAAUAUCUCCCAGGGUCUCACUUCUCCAAUACAGAUGAGGUAGCAGAUGAUCUUGUACAUGUGAUCCACAUGUAGGUCUGAGACAUUGAAUGCUUUUUUGAUCAUUUCUUAGGGUGCAAAAAUAGGAGGAGGUGAUGGAAGUAGGAUGAUAGGUGAAUGACCGUGCAGGUCAGCAAGGGAGGAGGGGUUUGAUGUGCUUUGGCAGAGACUCCCCUUCAUCCUGUGACAAGAUGCUGGUCUGUUUCCCUGCAACCCAUGCAGGGGGAUGGUGAAGUCUUGAUCCACCUGCAGCUCAUUAAAGACUCCAUAUCAGAGGGGACAUCUGUACCCGGAGAAGCUAAUAGCAACAACGUGGGGAGGAGGUGCUAGAGUAGAAAGUGCUUGGAGUUCUGCCAGCCAAGAAGGAGAAACCCAGGAGGAGUGCAUGAGGAGCUGCAGCCCCAGGGAGGGAUUCAGGCCAGACAGAUUUGUGAAGGACUGUAUCUAUGUAGAAGAAUUUGCUUGGCUUGUUUCCUUGUAAGCUUGUGGUUUCAGGAUUUCCCAUGAGCAUUUCUUCUGUGGUGGAACAAUGUUAAGACAGGUGAACAGGGAAGGUUAGGUUUAUACAGAUGCUCUCAAAAAAACAUAUAAAUGUGACUUUGUGAAGCUAUUAAAAAUAUGUUUCAAACUCCCACAGACCCAUGCUGCUAGAUGUCUUUGAGUCUUCUCACAAAACCUCCUUUGAAUAGCUUAUUGUUCCUCUUAAGAGAAGUGGGAAUGAAGUGGUGUCUACUGAAUAGUCCUUAAAAUAUAGUUAAAAAGCAUAGAGAAUUAUGAUUAGCAGCAGUCUUCUUGCUUGCUGCUUUCUUGUCCUCGUUCUCCCUGUUAAGAAAGCCUACAUUCACACACACUUGAAUAUGCUCACCUUGGUAACAGAUCCCUGUGUUAAUCCCUUAAAUAUUCAAUAUUAGGUACAAGAUUCAUCAGAUCUGAAGCCUGCUCAGAAAGGUGGUUUGGAGUUUUUUGUUUGUUUGUUUUAUUCUAUUGAGAUACAGAUGUAGAUGAUUGGAGCCUGAUGGUCAUAAUGGGAUAUUUUUAUAUCAGUACCAGGAAAUUUAUUCUAAUAAGUCACAUUUCCCAGUGAAGUGUUCUUGACCUGAGACUGUCCUGUCAUAGGAUUAAUCUUAUGUGACAUCUUUCAGUCAGAAUGUUUACUAACUCUGGCUUGGUUUUUUUUUUUGAUCCUGAGAUGCUACCAUUUUAUAUCAUGUCAUAAUUCCCAUUUCAUUACAGUAAAGUUUCAGUGGAUGUAACUGUUUUAUGCAUUGGUGAACUUGUAAAGUCACUUUCCAAUUCCUGAAACUAAUAGGUGAAACAGGAUUGAUUCAGUGUAAAGACUUAGAGAUGUUUAAACUGCAUGGUUCUUGAGCUCAGGUCAGGUACUUCAUUCUUUGAACUCUUUCUCUCCUCUAAGCUGUUGCUGAUCUUUGCCAUGAACAUCUGUUGAAGUUCUGCUGUCACCUUUAACCUUCAGAAUAAAUGUAAAACUUUAUCUGAAAUAAAGGCCCUUAAGCAAAAUAAGCUCAUUGUUGAAUGGCUUGCAAUGGCUGCAAAGCUGUCCUGCAGGAAAAGACCUGUGUCAAUUGACAGCAGCUGAACAUGAGGCAGCAGUGUGCCCAGGUGGCCAAGCAGGCCAAGGGCAUCCUGGCUGUGUCAGACACAGUGUGGCAGCAGGGCCAGGGCAGGGAUUGUGCCCCUGUACUUAGUGCUGGUGAGGCUGCAGCUCGAGUGCUGGGUUCAGUUCUGGGCCCCUCACAACAAGAAGGACACUGAGGGGCUGGAGCGUGUCCAGAGUCGGGCAGUGGAGCUGGGGAAGUGGCUGGAGCACAAGUGUGAUGGGGAGCAGCUGAGGGAGCUGGGGGUGUUUAGUGUGGAGAAGAGGAGGCUGAGAGGAGAACAAGAGAAACUUCAGCUUUGUUCAGGACACUCUUUCAGAGAAGGUUUAACAUUGCCAGAAUGUGACAGCUGAACCAUGUUUGUGGUUUUGUUUGGGUCUGCUCUAGCUAAAAGGAACCAGCAGGCAGGGCUGAUAGCAAUAUUCAAAAUAGUCAAUGUCUUAUAUUAUCAGCAAGUUCAAUGUGGUUCUUUUUAAGGUGCAUUAACUAGUCCUGAUCAAAUUUGGCUCUACACUGCUCUGGUGAAGGGAUUUGUGUUUGGGUUUUGUUGGCUUUUUUAAGGAAGCAAUUCUUCCUCCCAAACUCCUUCUAUAACAUCAUAGGCUUGUGCACAGGUGGCCUGAGAAGUUGCAAUCAUUCAGUAGCACUGAAAGUAGAGAUUGGUAUUGGGAUGUAUGUUAUAAACUGCAGAAGAAUCUGAUGCAAAGCUUUGCUAUAAUUUUUACUACUUAGAUAACUGUUUUCAUUUGCAUUGGGAUACACAGGAGAAUCCUGACAUACAGUCCUUGAGGCCCUUUCCAGCUCCUCUGCUUAAAGAACUUGCUCUGAAAGCUAUGUACCUUCUGCUGCUCCACUCAUCUCUAAUGGAUAACUUGAUGUCUGACCCAACAGAUGUAGUGCAUGAUCAUUUAAGUCCUUGUCAGACUGGGUCUGGAGAUCACCUCAGAAGCACAGAGGUAGGUAUGUCCCUGCUUAGUGAAUUGAUCUAAGGCUGUGAUAAGUAAACUCUGAAGGACCUAGCUACAGCAGCUUUCUUUUUCUACACCCUGCUUUAUGCCAUGUACCUUGUUUCCUGUGUGCAGCAGCAGAACUGAUGGUGUCUCUACCUACCUAGCUGCAUGUGUUGUAAUUAGCACAAAUCCACCUCAAGUUAGUAUUGUGGAUGGUCAGCUGCAGAUGUUAAGGCACAAGCACAUGUGCCUUCUAUUAACUCUAACCUGAGCCUGAGAACCUCAAGGCUCAAUAGGGGCUGUGUACAUGUGAGGGAAUGAAUUGAGGCAGGCACUAGUGAAGUAGCUGGAGCUGACAGACUUGCUUUGUUUUGGUAAGAACACUUCAUCCCCAAAUCAUGUUCUGUCUUUCUCUUAUUCUGUCAUCCUUACUGCUGAGCUGUUUUGCAUAUUCUGGCUCUCCCUGAGUAAUGUUGUCCUUGUUGGCCAACCAGUUUUAUUUCUCUAAAAGUAUUUAUUUUGUCUUCCUAAUUUAUUAUCAUAUGUUAUAUUAAAAACAAAGCAAAACCCCAAGUCAAGCAGCACUUUUUUGUUACCUAGAACCAGUACUGUUGCAUGUCCAGGCAGUGGCUCUUGUGUGGUGCACAUUUCUGUAAUUGCUUGUUUAUUUUUGAAGCAGGGGGAGGGAAUGAGAUUUUUUUGUUUAAGGAGCUAGACUUCCUGCACUAAUGGCCAGAACAGGUCCAUGCAAACCAAACAAGCAAUGGUAUUGGUCUGGUUCUUUUUUGUCUUCUCAAUGGUGUAAUCUUAAGAGGGCUAUGUAAGACAUUGCUGGUAUUAAAUUUGGGUGAAAAACUUAAUGCUCAAACAUCCUCAUUCAUCACAAUGAGUGAAUUAACACGGUCAAAUCCUGUUACCAAUUCAUUUUUGUAGUUCUAAGUGUCUUAAAAUAUUUAUUAGGUAAAGAGAAUGCAGGUCUGUUUUCAUGGAAGGUCUUUUUCUUUGCUCUGGUUUAACAAAGCACUCAAGCACAGACUUGAACCUUUGGGAAGGACUUAAGGGCUCAGAGAAGUAAAUCCCAUUAUUGAGGAUUUAGGAGGAGAUUAGAUAACCACAAGAGGUCAGAUGCUUCACAGAUGGGAGAGGCCAUAUCUGAAAACUUUUUGUUUUUAGAAGAGAGCUGCCAAAAAAAAACGAGGUUGUUCAUAGUUCAUGGGAAAAAAAGAGCCUGACAUCUGAAUUUCCAAUGUGAAAUGCAUGCAAAAGUAGGCAUGGCACCAGAGAAAAGAACAGUCUGUUAAGAGGAAAAAGACUACAAGUUCAGUUUUGCAUUGGGCUAUUUGUAGAAUUGUUUUUGGAAGUGGUACUCAUGAUGUUGCUGAAGCCAAUCCUUUUGUGAAUCUAUUUAUUCAAUAAAAUUAUCCAAGGAA